AUGACCUUCGACUUCUCCCGCCUCUUUCGCUCGCUGCCUCGCGACGAGCGGGACUGCGAGUGGGACGCGUCGCAGCGCCACGUCCUCCCGCUGCGCGAGCUGGCCCUCCGCCGAAUUACCAGAACGUGCGGUGCCUUUGCGGCCGACGCCUCGGUCGCGGACCUGCUCGACGUGGCGACAUCGAUGGCGGAGGGGUGGCCGCGCGACGGCCUGCGGCUCGCGCUCCCGCGGAUGCCUCACCGGCUGCUCCUCGCGUGCCGCGCUUGUGGUGACUCGCCGCAGGCGCACGCGCUCAAGCUUCUCGCGAAUGAGGCCGUCACCGAUGCCGCCAUUCGGAGGGAGGAGCACGAGUACCGCGAGAAGCGCGCGUCCGCACCGCCCGACGACGCGACACUCGCCGCAACCGCGGCGGGAGCCUUCCCGCUGAUCGAUGUCUUCAGCGAAUGGCACCGGAUCAUCUGCUCGUCAGAGGCGCCGUCGCUGCCUCCCGAGCAGAUCCUCUUCGCCGCCGAGCCGACGCCGCUCGGGUCGGCGGUGCUCGAGCCGUCCCUCCCCCACUUCCUCGACAACUUCGACACCUUCAGCUGCGGCUUGCUGCGCGGGCUUCGGUGGGAUGGCCUGGUCGCGGCCGGCGGCGCUGUGCUUGCCUGCGUGCAACGCACAGGCUGCGAGGCGUGGGGCGCGCCGGGCAGCGAGGAGGUGGAGGACAUGCGCCGCGUCUACUUCCAGCCCGACUCGGGAACCGCAGCGUCCAAGGAACGCUACAGCCGGAGGCCGGCGCCGCCCCAAUCGGCCGCAGACGCAGAUUCGCCGCACUCGCCCUUUGCCACCUCAAGCGACGUCGACCUGUUCCUCGUGGGGGUCGCCGCGGAGGAGGCGCUGCAGAAGCUGCAGGAGGUGGCUCGGGUGGUGAAGCGCAACUUCUCCGGCGGAAAGGUCCUCUGCAUCCGCAGCGAGACGGCCAUCACCUUCGCCGCCGGAUUCCCCUUGCGCAACAUCCAGGUCGUCCUCAAGCGCUUCGCGUCUCCGACGGACGUGCUCGCCUCCUUCGACGUGGACUGCUGUGGCUUCGCCUUCGACGGCGAUCGCGUCCUCGCCACCGCGCGCGCCGUCCGCUCCGUCGCGUCCAAGGUGAACCACGUCGACUUGGCACGGCGGUCGCAGACGUACGAAACGAGACUGCUCAAGUACGCCCGGCGGGGCUUCGGCAUCGGGCUGGACGCAUCGCUGUACCGCCCGUCGCACGUCGACAAGGCGCGCCUGGAGCUCGAGGCGCUGGCUCGGGCGGCGGCGCGGCUCACGCAGAGCCACUGGGGCGCCAAUGGCCGCGCAGAGGUGUCUGAUGGGUCGUCCAAGGCGCAGAGGUGGGGCCUCGCGCGGCUGCUCUCGGCAGAGCUGCGCUUGCUGCGCGUUGAGAGGGCGCACCGCUCCCAGACGUACCACGACGGAAGCUUGAGCGUGACCGGCCCGCCGCUGCACCUGCAGUCGCUGCUCGAGGCGUGCAACCGCACGCGCUCGCACGGGGAGCUGCCCGAUGAGUCGAGCUUCCACCAUGCCUUUGGGAGCAACGGCACCACGGGCGACGACUGGUUCAAUUUCCGCGAGGCCAAGCUGGCGGCGGAUGCCGAGCCUCGACCGGCGGCCGGAAUGCGCCCCGCGCUCUACACGCAGGGCUGCGUCCCGUGGCGGCAUGGCUUCGACGCGCCCCGGAUCGAGGCGUACCUCGAAAAGGCGCGCCUGCAGGGCCUGAACCAGGCAGACUUCUUCGACGACCCGGCCAUCAAGGGGACCCUCUGCGUCGUGCGCUCGAGCACGCUGCCCUCUGAAGCCGCGCGGAGCUGGGGCUACGCCGCCGGCAAACUGGUGAGCGUCAGCUCGUUCUCUCAGGCGGCGACCUGCAUCUCCUUCUUCCCGCGCUCACCCGAGGGCUUCUGCGACGGCGCCCACACGGCGCUUGCAGAGGCGCCGCCAGUCCACUUCUCGCUCCUCUACACGCCGCCGCCAGCCGCUGCCAACGUUCUCGACAUCAGCCGCGUCCGGCGGUGGCGCUACAACGUCCCGCCCAAGAAGCAGCUCGAGGAGCUUCGCGCGCACUGUGUCGGCCGCAUCUGCCUGCUCGGCCGCCGCGAGACCUCGCACACCGUCGACGACGUCCUUCGCGACGGCCGAGUCGACGGCUCGCGGCUCGCCGAGGUUCUCAACGUCGAGGUCAAGCCAGCCCCCGACCCAAACCCUCGACACGCUCGGCCAUCUCUGACCUACACGCUUCGCCUCCUGUCGGGCGAGACUUGCGGUGGCGACGAGGAGAAGAUCGUCGCCGACGCCUCUCGCCUGCACGACACGUACAUCUUGCUGCACGCCAUUAACUUUCUCGCGGACGCCGAAAUCGUGCCACGCCAAUUGGUGUCAAGCAAGCUCCGCCUCGGCGUGGCCAAGGAAGCUGGUUGGUACUGGAUGCAUGAUUUCGGAGGCCCGCCUGCACCGUACCUGCAGCGCGGUGUCUACCUACGUUCCUCCAUGACAUCUGCCGAGAAGGCUCGCGCCGAGGCGGCGGUGGCGCUGCUCGAGGCCGACACGUUCCUGGCUGCCGUCGGGAUCAACGCGUCGUCGCUGCUCACGAUCAAGGAGGUGGCCGGCGCAGAGGUGCCGGAGGGCGGCGGCGGGCGCGCCGUCCUCGGCUUCGGCGUCGGCGACGAGGCCGUCAUCACCGACCUCGUCAAGGCGCCCGGCUGGAACGGGCUGCGCUGCACUGUCGUGGGUCCAUUCUCGGGCGGCCGCUACCCCGUCUGUCUGCGCCACGCCGGCGUCGUCAAGAAUAUGCGCGUCCGCCUCGAGAACCUCGUCCGUGCGGACGGAGGCCUCCGGUGA